GACGGCGACGACCACUGGCUUUGCUCGUCUUCUUCUGCCAGGCACUGGAGGAAUAGAGGAGGCAGUGGUACAAGUGAAAAUGUCAGCUUCUUGUGUCGUCUGUGGCUGGAUCAACCAUUACUACGGCAAAGCCGCCGCAAAUUUGUUUAGAUUUCCGUCUAAACUCAUGUAUCCCGAGAAGAGAGCCGCUUGGGUAGCUGCAGUGAGGAGAGUGCACCCGGACGGUUCGCUGUGGGAGCCGAGCCCAGAUUGCCAGAUCUGCAGCGCGCACUUCAUCACAGGGCGGCCAUCGAACUUCAAGGACCGCCCUGACUUCGUGCCCACCGUGUUCAACCACGCAAGAGCUCCCGGCGAGUCUGCAGUGCAGUCGCAAGACCCCUGCGUGGAAAGACACGAAGGAGAGGGAGCUGCACUUUUGGGAGAGACCAGCUGCCCAUUGAAAGCCACCGAGGACAUCUGGUUCAGAUGCUGUUCCUGCACCUAUGUCACCAGAAAUCAGCAUGGGAUUUUGAGCCACCUGGUUGCCCAUGGUGAUGAACAAUUCAAGUGCCAGCAUCCUCCCAUCUCAUCUGGCUCUAGAUCCCAAGUGCCCAGCAAUGCUCAAAUGUGCGGGAGUAAAGAACUUUUCAAGUGCAAGCUGUGCCCUCGAGCCUUUGCUCAGAAUUGUAAUCUCAGAAGCCAUUAUCUUACACACACUGGAGAGAAGCCUUUUAAGUGCAAGCUGUGCCCCCAAGCCUUUUCUGAGAAUUCUCAUCUGAAAAGACAUACUCAAACACACUUUCGUGAAGGGUGUAAAAAGCGUGAAAAGCCUUUUAAAUGCAAGAUAUGUCCCAAAGCCUUUUUUCAAAGCAUAGAACUGACCAGACAUAAUCAAACCCACACAGGUGAAAAACCAUACAAAUGUAAAUUUUGUCUCCAAGCCUUUGCUCAGAAUAACAAACUGAUAUGUCAUAAUCGAAUGCACACUGGUGAGAAGCCAUUUCAGUGCAAAUUGUGCCCCAAAGCCUUUUCUCAGCGUAGCAGUCUGAUCUGCCAUAAUCGAACACACACCGGUGUGAAAUCAUACAAGUGUAAGUUUUGUCCCAAAGCCUUUGCUUGGCAUUCCCAAAUGAUCUGCCAUAUUCGAACACACACUGGUGAGAAGCCAUUUAAGUGCAAGCAGUGCCCCAAAGCCUUUGCUAAAAGUUCCAAUCUCAGAGAGCAUAAUCAAACACACACUGGUGAAAAGCCAUUCCAGUGCAAGCUGUGCCCCAGAGCCUUUGCUCAAAAUUCGAGUCUGCAAAGACACAAUCGAAUGCACACUGAUGAAAAUCUAUUUAGGUGCAAACAGUGCCCCCAAGCCUUUGCUCUAAAUUCCCAUCUGCGAAGCCAUAAUCGGACGCACACUAAUGAAAAGCUAUUUCAGUGCAGGCAGUGCCCCCAAGCCUUUACUAGAAGUUCCAAUUUGAGAGCGCAUAAUCGAACGCACACUGGUGAAAAGCCAUUUAAGUGCAAGCUGUGUCCCAAAGCUUUUGCUCAAAAUUCCAAUCUGCAAAGCCAUAAUCGAACGCACACAGGUGAAAAACCGUUUAAGUGCAAGCUGUGCCCCCAAGCCUUUUCUUGGCGUUGCAAUCUGAUCUGCCAUGAUCGAACGCACAAUGGUGACAAGCCAUAAGUGCAAGCUGUGCCCCAAAACCUUGUCUCAGCAUUUCAGAUGAUUAUGUGAUUGCUGCGCUAUUUGCACCAUACUAUGCCCAAGCACUGACCCUUCUAUAUCAUAAUAUAUUUUGCCAAAAUGUGAAGAAUUUGCGCCAACAUUGAGCCAGAACGUAUUUUCACUUUAUUACCGCUGAAAAUAUAGGGCAGUGACUAUUUUGAUGUCCACGUUCAAAAUAAUUUUCAGAAUUACUUAAAACAACCAAGUCACAAAAAAAUUUUUUUUUACUCUUCACGAGCCCCAUUUGUUUGUUUUUAUUGUUUAGACGUGUCAAACUUUGAAUUUUGUAUCUUCAGAGUCCGGUUCAUAGAAACUGCAGUCGUGCAGUCGACUGAAGGUUUUGCGACGUUUUAGGUGAUGUGGAAUUCAAGUAAGCUCCUAAAAGUAAAAGUCGGCUAUCAGGCCAUACGUAACGCUUGCUAGGUUGUGCUAAAUAUUACUGAAUGUGGCGCUGUUGAUUUUCACGAUUUAUUUCAUGUUUUAAGAGGAGAAUCUCAUAUCAUAAAAUUUGCAGUUGAUUGGACAUCUGCUGUCGUAAAAUGUGUGUAUCUCGUGCAACAAUGAAGCAGACCGCAAUAUAAUCAUUUUUUGCUCUGCGAGUCGGAAAUUUUGUUGCUUAUUUGCACCGGUCAAGAAACACCAAGGAGGCAAUGUUUGCUUGCAUCUGCAACAUUUUAUUUAACAUGCUAAUCGUUUCAUAGUUAAGCUGUUCAUAAUAUGCAAACCAAGAACAAAGUCUAAAGAAUGAACUCACGAGGCCCGGCUAAAGAAAGGGCGUGAGCCAGAUGCAAAGCGGGAAUUUGUAAUAGCCGCGUCCCACUAGAGCGACAGACAGCAACAAACAACAGCGACACACGACAACAAGCGACAGACGACACCGACAGACGGCCUGUUUGUCGGAGUCCGCCGUACCACUUGGCGUACACGACACAGAACACGGGGACAAGAAAACUUGUUUCCUAGUAGGACUGGAGUUGUCAACAAAACACUUCAAAAUACACAGACAAACUGAGUCUGGCGACACGGUUUUCGUGUUUUGCUCUUUGGGCAUAAAACGCGCCGACAGACACGGUGAAAGUGGAGACGAUUACUUUAUUUCUUGAUUAAAGCUUCCGUAUUCUUCAUUUGCCGUUGGCGACUUUCUGUAAACAGUCGUGACAAUCGACACCCAACUUUUUCCGAACUAGAAUACCCGAAUCGUUCCUUUUUUUGGGUUGCUCGAGGAAUUCUAGGUGAGCACCACGGAAUUUCACGCCUAUUUUGAGGAUGUUUAUAACCUCAUAUCCGAAUGAUCGAGGGCAGGCGUUUUUUGGAGGACAGUACGGCAUCCCGAUUAUCACAGAACGCGAUGACAGUCUCUCGUCUGCCAGAAUGGCUUGCUUCGGAACGUCGUGUCCUACUUCGUGGUGAGCGGUCUUACUUUGGUCAGUUCUCGAACAUGAGUGUAUCCAUCCUGAUGCAGGGGCGUAGACCUCGGCAUCUUGAAGCACCAUCUCGCGCACCAAGUUUUCGCGAGCAAAAUCGUCCGGCGCCAGCAAGCAAGCCGCGCCUGCGACCACUACGUGCAAUCGAGGGACCGGAACUGCGGGGCCGGGAACGAGGAGUGGCCGCCAAGGGCUUCUCAUUCCGGGAGGAAGGUUAGAAGGGAGGGCCUGGAAGGCAACAGAAGGCAUAAGCGGGCGAGGAGGAUAAGUUUGUCUCCGAGACAUGUUCCUCAGUGGGACUGCUUGCUGCGUUUCAAGUCCAACGACAGACAAGAACUCGUCCGUCGUCGAUCGUUUGUCGGCGCGUGUCGGCGAUUGUCGCGGGUGUUGGUCGUUGCAGUGGGACAGCAUCGGCGACACGGAACUUUGUGGUGUCGUCGAACAAAAAUCAGUGUUUGUCGCUCUAGUGGGACGAGGCUAUAACCAUAGGAAGAUGCGAUCACACGGUAAAAGGUGGAGGUGUGGAGGUACGCAAAGUGUGCCAAGCUCUCCAUCCUGCAUAGUGUAUGCUCUUACAUUGGUUAUGUUGUGGAGGAAUGUCCAGCUUGCCUUUGUUGUGAAUUCAAGAGCUCAGAACAUAGCUGCCGGGAGUGUCAUGUCUGAAAGGAUCGGCUGUCAAGCCAGUCGAGCACACGCACGCUGAAUAAUAAGUUUUCAGUGCCAAGUAGUACGAAAUAGUGACACAUGAUUCCGUCAACACAGCGCCAACAACACCAUCAGAAACUAAACAGAACAAAACUGACGAAGCCAUGAAAUGACUACCAGUGCGACGGCAGCUGCAUUCACAGGGGACAUCGAACUAAUAAAGUCACUAUUUUGACAUUUUACGAAGUGACGUCACGGACGUCAAAAUAAUUUUAAGAGAUAAUGGUGGACGUUGAAAUGGUCACUGCCAAAAUAUAACAGAUCAGUCGAAAUUCGGCAUAUCUUUCUUUGCCGCGGUGCAUCCGGAUGCUAAGGGGAAAGCACUACGCCAAAGAAGAAUGUUACAUACAGUUUCGGGGGGGAAAACAAAAACGGCAGUUGUAUGCAGUGUGUUUAAAAAUAAUUUAUGGGAUUUUUUCCACCGCAAAAACGAACUACUCGUCGCUGAACGCUCAUUCUCCGCCCAAAGGUUCCGCUAGAGAUCGAAACCAGAUGCCAACGUUUCAGCACAAACCACUAUUCUGUUAAAAAGUUAUAAGUGAUUUUCUGAAGAUUUCAAUGGGCAAAAUCAGGCUCAUUAUUGCCCAUUUUCGGUUCCUGGCAUUAUAGAGCUCCAUGCAUUUGAGUGCUCUGUCGGUCAUCAUUUCGCCAUUGACAUUUUUAGAAAAUCACUUGCAACUUUUGAAUAAAACAUCAGUUCGGGUUGAAACUCGGUAUCUAGAUCGGACCUCUAGUGCUACCUUAGGGCGGAAAAUGAGCAUUCGGCAAUGCAUUGUGUAUUUUUAUAGUGAAAAAAAACCUGGACAUUUUUUUUUUUUCGGUGACGAUAUUCUGACGAUACCUUUUUCACAUGCAAGAUUCAUCGAGGAUACUUGAACAUUGCAAAAUAACUUUUAUGAACUGCUUUAUAUGUUUAUUUUUUGUCAACUCUCCUUCAAUUAUUACGUUUAUAUACCGUAAAAUACGGCUGAAGCUCCCACUUGGUUCAAGCACCCGCUAUUAACAAGAGGGCUAGAGAACAUGCAUGGUCAUUUGUACAGUUCCCAUCGGGCAAUUUCGCAGUGCACUGGAAUAAGUGCCCAUGCGAUUCGGAAUCGGAAAGAACAAUUCCCGUUGUGCAGACAAAACCGCCCAAGGAAUUUACGAGGCAUUUUGCAAUAGACAGCAAGGAGAAAGCAUGUGUGUCAUUGCACCGUGACUGCACCUGACAGAUUGAAUCUUUCUAUGCGAGGAGCCCGAUAGGCGAUAUUAAUAGCAUUUUUUUUUAAGAAACCUUCAGUUGUGAUUGGGUGUUUGUCUACUUCUUUGUCCCUGUUCGGCGCUUCCGUCCGACGAUGUACCAACUAGCCCAUCUUUCAAUCUUGUUAACAUUUUCCAAACUUGGGAAUUCUGCGAAUUAUUCAUUCCCCGCUCGAUUCGGCCGGACAAGCGCCCAUGUCUAGAUUACCUUACCUAGUUUUCAGUGAGUGUGGGGCUGGGUGCUCCUCUGGUAUUUUACAGUAUAUUCGGUUUGUUCAAUAGGAGAAUGAGUACAAAAAUUUAAAACUAUGUUAGCUGGAACCGUAAAUGCAAGCCUGGGAAUUUCUUGAACAAGCUCGGCGGGGGUUUUAUUUUGUUAGAAAUCAAUUAUUAUUUGCAUACUGAUGUUUGUUAUGAAGUUCUGCCUAAUAAAUUCCAUCGGUGUCCAUAGUGUUUUUUUGUUUUUUUAACAGAGGACAACUCGGGUCGAAAAUGAAAUCAAAAUAAAUGACUGAUAUUGCUUUAGUGGCAUGAAAUUUGAUCACAGCCGAAAUAUUACGUAAAAGUAAAGCUGCGUUCUACAGUAAACCGAUUUUAAAUAUACGACCAGCUGCUCUUAACGGGCGACAAGCGGAUUAGCUUUCAGUCAGACAACACUGGCGUAGCACCCUUGUGACGUCACGUCGCGGUGGAGCUGCGGUUUGAUUGGUUGCACUACAGUGUUCUAGAAGGGGUGUAGUGGCAAAUGCGGCGCUUUCCCCGUGAGGCCUUCGAAGCAGAUGCCACUGUGUGGCGCCGGUAUAGUUUCCCCGAGCAUUAGCGCUAGCGAGAUGAGGUGUCGGCUACUUGCUCGCGGUCCUAUCUUGUGAUGUUUCAUGACAGCACAACAUUUUAUCAGCUCUGCGUUCUCUUCGCGACGCAGUGAAAGGUACUGGCACGAGUAUAGUCGAAUUCCCACACCACCGAACAGGUUUUACUAUGGAUUGACAGCCCACCGAUUUUUAAUACUGUGUAAUGCACGUCCAACGCUGUUUUGACGAAAGGUGGUGAGAACUGAACUGACUUGAACUCGCUAAUACUCAAACUGUUCUUGCCUUCCUUCCCCGCACUGGCAUCUUCGUAAUACUGUAUUAAAUGACACCUGCUUUUGUGAUAUCGCUCUCUCGUGUUUAGGUGAUCACAAUAUUCUGUUGCUCUGUGCUUUUGUUCCCGGUGGUUGUUUCCGUGUUGCCUGGCUCUGCAUGUCAAAAUUGUUUGACCGUAGGUGUCAUGUACGCCAGAUGUCUUGUACUGGAUCCUGUAGAUUCUUGCUCAGUGAGUAUUUAGUUUUGCAUUGUAUAAUGGGUUUAUAUAUAUCUUCGUUGUGGAUAUUUUUUUUACUCUUGUUUGCAUUGAAUAAAUUUUGCAGAUUAUAAAUGUGUAAUCAGACACCUGUAUAAAUGUUUCACAAAUAAAGCUUGACAAUUUGAGCUUC